AUGAAGUUGCUUUACAUAUAUCUACUAAUAGGAUUAGCAUGUGUCGUAGCUGCAAAUGCACCAGAGAAACUAAAUUUGCUCAACUCGCCAGGUUCACAACUCCAAGAAGCACCAUCUGUGCGGAAUGAACCUCAACAAGACACCAUAAACAAGAAUGCAGGUGUGGCUGGACAGGACAAGACGAAUCAGGUUAAUCAGGAUAACCAGAAUAAUCAGGGUGAUCAAGGAAAUGAAAAUCUAGAAGGAAAAGAAGUUGUUAACAAGAAGGAUGAGCUUGAUACCUCCAAUAUUGAAGAACUAGAACUACCACCCACCUUGUCUACGGAAGAAUUUGACAAACUCACUGGCAAGCAACUAGUGCUUGUGGAAUUUUAUUCACCCUAUUGUCAUCAUUGUAAGGAUUUUUUUCCCAAAUGGAAAGAAGCGUAUCAAACGUUUAAAAGGAAAUACCCUCAGCUUAGCAUCGAUAUGAGGCAAGUUAACUGUGUUGAAAAUGGUGAUUUGUGUGAGCGUGAAAUGAUUGAGUUUUACCCCAACAUGUUGUUGUAUGCUCCCGUAUUGGAUAAAGAUGGUUUGCCUACAGGAAGAUCCAAAAACAUUGAUUCUUUUCCUAGACAUUUACCCAAGACAGCAGAGAAUGUUGUCAAGUAUUUACAAGAGUCUGUUGCAGAAUACGAUGAAGGUGCAGGCAACUUACCAAGUCAAUCACGAGCAUACACAUUGGAUGAGAUGUUUAAAGCAAUUAGUGGAGAAAUUGAUAGACCAGUAUUUGUUUCUUUUUGGCAAGCAAACAAGAAGCAGUGGGAUAGUGUGGAAUUGGGAGGCAAGAUGAAAUUUAGUGGUGGGUGUGCUGAUUGUUUACAUACCAAGCAAGUUUGGGACAAGUUGAGUAACAAGAUUAUGUCCAUUGCUGAUUCAGCUCAUAUAAUGUGUCAAGAUUUGCCCGAGCUUUGUAAUAAGUUGGAGUUGGACUCUUUCAAGAAUGGAAAGACAUCACGUGCCCAAUUUAUCAUGUUUUUACCUAAAGACAAGGGAACUAUUAGAUUUGAUUAUGAUAGCCGUGUUGAUGUUGAUGUGAUGAAAUGGUGGGCAUCCAAAUUGAUUGAAAAUAGUGCAUACCAGUUGGCUUCUGCAAGAGAUGUUACUGAAGUUAUGGAGUAUACGAAGGUAUUGAGCCACCAGCCGAUUGCACAAAUGUAUCCAUUAAAGAGCAAAGUGACGGUGUUGUUCUACUACGACAUUGAUACAGUAACGCCUGAAGAUAAGGCGGUUCUUCCACAUAUGCUUCGAACUUUGCAAAAAUCUCCGUUCAAUAUUCAAUUGUACCAAGGCAAACAUAAACGGAUUGAAGAGAAUUUGCAAACAAUGGGUGAGAAUUUGAUUAACUACAUCAAUUAUGACGAGAAUGACAAGUACGAAUACGACAAGGCAUUGCAAAUUGCCACCACAAUUACUGGUAAGCCAACUAUUAUCGUGUUCAAAGACAAUUCGUUGGUGCCAUCAAUUUUUCAGUCUUUUGCCGUUGAAGAUAUGAGAAUAUAUAAAAAUAUUGAAAAGUUUCUUGAAACGGCACAGUAUCCAUUUUAUGGUGAAUUGAAGCCGGAGUUAGUUUCCACUUAUUUUUUCCAAAACAAAAAGCAAAAACAGAAACAGAAACAGAAACAGGAUGGUGGCGAAGAGGAGAAGAAGGACAUUUCUAAAGAUGAUAAAGUUGUUGUUGUUGUUUUUGUUGAUCUUGAGAAUUUGAAGCAAACUGAUGAGCAAUUGUAUAAGCUUUCUUUGAUCGCCCACGAGUACAACUUUCUCAAGAGAAAGUACUAUUUUAAUAAAGUUUUAGAGCAGAGGAAGGAUAAGGAGGAAGUUGUUGAAAAGUUGAAAGCGCAAAAUGCCGAAACCGAUAAGAUCCUACUUGCAAUGAGAGAAGAAGUGCCUCAUCUUUGGGGUAAUGAUGAUGUGUUGUUUACCUUUAUUGACAAGCCCAAGGCAAAGCAAUACAAGUAUAUUAAAGGGUGGAAAGUGAACCCAGAUCAAUAUGAAGUGGGAGACGCUGUUGUAAUUAGCAGAGAUUGUCGAUAUGUUUGGAACAAAGACUUGCAAGGUGCAGCUUUAAAGAAUGAACCUAAACAACUCAAGCAGGUAUUAAUGUCGCUAUUGACCAAAGAUGGGCAAUUACUGCAUGGAGGCAUGGGUAGUUCCUUGGUGGGAAAAGCAUUCUCAUUCCUCAACCAUGUUUCCAGUAUCGGUUUCCUUGGCUAUAUUCUUUUAAUAAUUGUUUCUUACUUCCUCAGCAAUUACAUUAUAAAAAUAGUCAAGAAGCGCAGGUAUAGAGCCCAGGGUCUUAUUGGGGUCAACAACGGCAAUAACAACCACAGUUUUCUUCCGAAAAAGGACUAG